GCAGACAGAGGGAGCAGUCGCUGCGACACGGCUGUCCCCACCAUGGCCUUCAGUCAGCUCCAGGCAGAAGUCAGGGACCACCUGCGGAUCCACAACCUCCUGGCCCGACAGUGCCUGGCAGAGUUCCUGGGUGUGUUUGUGCUCCUGCUCAUCACCCAGGGCAGCGUGGCCCAGGCUGUGACCAGUGAAGAAAGCAAAGGCAACUUCUUCACCAUGUUCCUGGGGGGCGCUCUGGCCGUGACCGUCGCCAUCUACGUGGGCGGCAACGUCUCAGGGGCCCACCUGAAUCCGGCCUUCUCCCUGUCCAUGUGCCUCCUGGGACGCUUCCCCUGGGCCAAGCUCCCCAUUUAUAUCUUUGUGCAGCUGCUGUCUGCUUUCUGUGCCUCGGGAGUUACCUACUCCGUCUACUACGAUGCCCUGCAGAACUAUACAGGUGGGAACCUCACAGUGACUGGUCCCAGGGAGACGGCCUCCAUCUUCACCACCUAUCCUGCCUCUUAUCUGUCCCUGAGCAACGGCUUCUGGGACCAGGUUCUGGGCACCAGCGUUCUGAUUGUGGGGCUCUUGGCCAUCCUGGACAGACGGAACAAGGGCGUGCCUGCCGGUCUCGAGCCAGUGGUAGUGGGGCUUCUGAUCCUGAGCAUUGGCUUAUCCUUGGGUGCCAACUGUGGGUACCCACUCAACCCUGCACGGGACCUGGGCCCACGGCUCUUCACCUAUGUGGCUGGCUGGGGCCCUGAAGUAUUCAGUGCUGGCAACGGCUGGUGGUGGGUGCCCGUGGUGGCCCCUAUGGUGGGGGCCGUCCUCGGCACGGCUGUGUACCACUUGCUGGUGUCUCUGCACCACCCGGAGGACUCAGAGCCAGCCCAGGAGGCGAAGCCUGCCCUACAGACUCACUCGGUCCAGACGCUGGAGUGUAAGCUGUGACCAUGACAGCCCUCGCCUACCUGGAAGGCCACUGGGGACAGCCACCCAACUUGCCUGCCAGCCACACGGCCACUCUUCUUUAUGCCAGAUUCUCUGUGUACCCAUCCGGGCAGCCCUUCCUCCUCAACCGGGAAAGAUGCCAGACACGGGCGGACUGCAGGCAGACGAGGGUCAGGAACUCACGCCCCUCACCCCUGGCCCCACGAAGGGUAUUCUGACCCUCAGGGCCUCUAGGAACGCAGGAGCGCCCAGCAGCCGCCAGGGGGCGCGCGCCCGGGGUGCCAGCCUGGGGGACCCCACGGGGCGCCAGGGCCCGAUCACCUAGCGCGGGCCCGAACCCUGGGCACUUCCCUCCAAAGCCUGGGCCCGACUGCACCUCCCAGCUCUCGGAACCUCGGCGCCGCCCGCCGUCACCCUCACGGGGGCGCCUCCCUUACGCUGGGCCGCCCGCAAAGGUAGCCGAGGGUGAGGCACUGCCUCCACCCAAGGGGCGUGGUGCGGGCCGAGCACAGCCCUCGAGCCCUCGAGCCCUCGGAGACGGGCAGAGAAACUGAGGCACAACUCGACAGCUGGACAAUCGGGGCCGUGUCGUUCAGGGAGGGGGUGCAGUCCAGUGAGGCGAUCCAGGGCGAGGAGAGAAGGCGAAGGGAGUGGGCGGUGGCCCCUAGGGGCGUGAUUCCGGGAGCGAGGGGAAACCGGCGUGGAGGAAAAGCCUCGUCGUUCACCGCGUCCCCAGCCCUCACGCCCCCCCUCCCGGGAACGUGCUUUCCGCAGGGAAGGCGGCGUUCUCCCAGUCCCUUCCCUCCGAAUUAAACAGAACACCUCGGCGCUACCUGGCCUCGAGAAUCGUUUGUUUCAGCCGCGGGGAGGAUGCGAGGGCUGGGUUCCCGGCCCUGGAGCUCCCCGCGGGCCGGUGAA